AUGGGUAAUGAUGAGAUAGGUGAUUUAAAAGUUGAUGAGACUAUCGGAAAUUUGGGAAAGAACCCAAAAUCUUGUCCUGAAUGCAAUGAAAACCUACAGAAAUGUCUGAUUCAACAGAAUUACUCUAUGGUGAUAUGUCCAAAUCCUAAGUGUGUAUAUCCAUUUAAUCAAAAGGAAAAUAUAGAGGGUAUGAAUUUUGUUGAAGAGAAUGAAGUUUUAGAAUUUGCUAAACAGAGGCUGUCUAACGGGAAAUGA